AUGGAGAGGUUAAGAGCCUUCCUGCAGGAGAACAAGAAGGUGACAAAGACGUUUGACCUUCUUCCUGGCUCCACACGCUUUGUGCUGGGGAGACUCAAGCGAAUCAGGAGCGACAGCGAGGCGAAGCUGUAUGUUCCGAAGGAUGGAGACCAAGUCUGCAUCCAGGGGAACCAGCGGCAGGUAGACUUCGCUGAAGAGCUCCUCCAACAGGUUCUGUUCGUGGAGUACGGCAGCAUCAUCUUGAAAAUCUCCAGCCAACUGGUAGGGGAGAUCGUGGGUAAGAAUGGCGUGGUCAUUCAGUCCAUCAAAUCAGCUCGGGAGGUGGACAUCCAGUUCAGCGAGCCGGCGAAUGGCGGCUGGGUAACGAGCCAGAUUUCGGGGAAGAAAGAGGACUGCACCGCCGCCUCUGCUGAAAUUAUUCAGCGGCUCCAGAACUACGAGCUGGUCUCCUUGCAGAUCAGCUCGAGCCUGGUUGGCCUGGUCAUCGGCAAAGGUGGUGCCAACAAGGCUUUCAAGUGCGGCCUACAGAUUCGCGAAGACACCCAGAGCAACCCCUGGAUCAUCAGUGGUCCCAGGGAUGAUGUUGAGGAGUUUCUACGGCGGCUGCAGAAGAAGUUCAGCGUGCCAGUCUUGGGGGGCUUAGACACUUACAGAUUCGCUUGCCCGGACUGUGGGGAGGACUUUCCCGAGGAAAGGUGUGUUCUGAAGCACAUUCGUCAGCGUGCUUGCAGGGCUUGCAGCUGUGCUGGGGAAUGCGGAGCAUACUAUGCGGACAAAGCCAGCUGCCAGAAGCACGAAGCGUGGUGUCCUUGGGUGAAACGAUGCCCGGGCUGCCAUGCGGCCUUCCCAUCGGAAGCAGAGCUCGCGAAGCAUGUCUCCAGAAAAGCCUGCAAAGCAAGAUCAUGCCGGGGUUGCCGAAAGAUUUUCACGGACAUUCCAGCAGCGGAGCUUCAUCAGCAGAGUUGCGAACAAUAUGCUGAGAAGAUGAGAGAUGCGGAGGCCACCAUGCUGUGUCAUUCGCAGCAGUGCCAGAGCGAAUAG